AUGCCCGAAAUUAUCGACGACAAAUCCCAACACUGCAUCCCCUUCCUUUUCGACCGACUCCAAGCCCACCAAGCCCGCCAUCCCACCAACACCCCGCCUUUCUUCCUCGGUCUAAAUGGCGUCCAAGGUGCCGGUAAAACAGUUUUGGUCUCAACCCUCCAAUCCACCCUCCGCUCUCCACCCUACUCCCUAAACGUGGUAACCCUCUCUCUCGACGACCUGUACCUCACGCACGCGCAACAAGAACACCUCGCCGCCUCGCACCCCACGAACCCGCUCCUCCAGCACCGCGGACAACCCGGCACCCAUGACCUGACACUAGCGAAGGAAGUGUUCUCGGCGUUACGCGCGGGCCAGCGCACCGCUAUCCCGGCGUACGACAAGUCGGCGUUUUCAGGACAGGGCGAUCGCGUGCCUGCGUCUCAGUGGGAGGUGGUGAAUAAGGAGGGUGAGGAGAAGGUGAAGGUGGUGAUUUUCGAGGGGUGGUGUGUUGGGUUUCGUGCGUGGGAUGAGGAGGUGCUUAGGGGGAAGUGGGAGGAUGCGGUUAGUUCUCUAGUGUAUUAUUCCAAGAUGCUCAUUGAUUGCUUGUACAGUGAUGCGCAAGACCUUCAUUUCGUCUACGAUUGGCGACAGGAGCAAGAGAGGACCCUUCGCGCUGCCAAGGGGACUGGCAUGACGGAGGAACAGGUCACUAAGUUUGUUGAUGGCUAUUAUCCGUCUUAUGAACUCUUCACUGAGACUCUCCGGGAGGGUACGUUCAAGCCUGUCCCUCAUGCUACUACGGCAUCUGCUCCGCCAACAGGCUGGGAAGGAAGACAGCUUCGGUUGGUUGUGGACAAGAAUAGGAGAGUGCAGGAGAUUAUCAACAUUUAA